AGCCGGGAGCUAGCCGGAGCUGCCGCGGGGUUUGGCCGCACGGAGAGGUUGGGGGACUCCGGGCCGCUGAGGGAGCGGGAGGGCCGCCCGGGCCUCCGCGGAGACGAUGGCGAAGGAAGAAGGGUCAGCUGUAGAACCCCGCCAAAGGAAAAAGUCGAAGACAUCAGGAAGUCAGGAAGCCAAAGCAGAGAAGGCCCGUAGAACCCCAGCCCCUCAAAGAGCUUCAAAAUAUGUAUCAUUUCAACGUUUUGCAAAGAUUUUCAUUGGCUGUCUUGCAGCAGUUAUUAGUGGUAUGAUGCAUGUUUUCUACUUAUCAGCUUACCAUGAACGGAAAUUCUGGUUUUCCAACAGGCAGGAACUUGAACGAGAAAUCACAUUUCAGGGUGACAGUGCUAUUUAUUACUCCUAUUAUAAAGACAUGUUAAAGGCGCCUUCAUUUGAAAGAGGUGUGUACGAGCUGACCCACAAUAACAAGACCAUCUCCCUGAAGACCAUCAACGCCGUGCAGCAGCUAUCCCUGUACCCAGAGCUCAUUGCCAGUGCUCUCUACCAAGCGACCGGCAGCAGUGAAAUUAUUGAACCAGUGUAUUUCUACAUUGGCAUUGUUUUUGGAUUACAAGGAAUAUAUGUUACAGCUUUAUUUGUUACAAGUUGGCUUAUGAGUGGCACAUGGCUAGCAGGAAUGCUUACUGUUGCAUGGUUCCUGAUUAACAGGGUAGAUACAACAAAGAUCGAAUACUCCAUUCCUUUAAGAGAAAACUGGGCUCUGCCGUACUUUGCAUGCCAAGUUGCUGCACUUACAGGCUAUUUAAAAAGAAACUUAAAUACCUAUGCAGAGAGGUUUUGCUACUUGCUGAUGAGUGCCUCGACGUACACCUUCAUGAUGAUGUGGGAGCACAGCCACUACAUCCUGUUUCUUCAAGCAGUCUCUCUGCUGCUGCUGGACAUCUUCUCAGUGGCGCAAGGUGAUAAGGUUUAUGAAGUGUUUAAGAUCUACAUAUUUUCUCUCUUCCUUGGCUAUUUGCUACAGUUUGAGAAUCCAGCUUUAUUGGUGUCUCCUUUAUUAAGUUUAGUGGGAACAUUUAUGCUUGUUAAGUGCCUUCAGCUGGAUUGGAAAAAAGGAUCUUUUGUGGCUAAAAUAAUGAAAGUGUUUGAAUUUUAUUUGUUAUGUACUGUGCCAGUGACCUUGAAUUUUAUAGUGAAGAUGUUUGUCCCACACAAAGAAAAUGAGCAUGUGAUGAAAUUUCUUGAAGUAAAAUUUGGACUAAAUGCGACUAAGAAUUUUACGUUGAACUGGCUCCUUUGUCAAGAAUCUCUCCAGGCACCAUCUCAGGAUUUUUUUUUACGAUUGACACAAUCUUCCUUAUUACCAUUCUAUAUUUUAGUGUUAAUCAUUUGUCUUCUUUCUAUGACACAAGUUAUUUUUAGGAGGAUGUGUGGUAAAUCUCAGAAAGAAACUGCAACUCUUGAAGAUGGAAGAAUUGGAGAAAGGCCAGAAAUAAUUUAUCAUGUAAUUCAUACUCUUGUACUGGGUUCUCUUGCGAUGCUUAUGGAAGGCUUGAAAUUCAUCUGGACUCCUUAUGUGUGCAUGUUGGCAGCAUUUGGUGUCUGCUCCCCUGAACUUUGGAUGACACUUUUAAAGUGGCUUCGGUUAAGAACUGUACACCCAAUAUUGUUGGCUCUUAUUCUAAGCAUGGCUGUGCCCACUAUUAUAGGUCUUAGUUUGUGGAAAGAGUUUUUUCCACGAUUAAUUACAGAAUUAACAGAACUACAAGAAUUCUAUGAUCCAGAUACAGUGGAACUUAUGGCCUGGAUAAAGAGGCAAGCUCCAGUUGCAGCUGUGUUCGCAGGAAGCCCACAGUUAAUGGGUGUGAUUAAGCUGUGUACCGGGUGGAUGGUGGCAAGCUUGCCACUUUAUAGCGAUGAUGAUCUUCUCAAGAGAAAUGAAAACAUUUACCAAAUCUAUUCAAAGCGAUCUGCUGAGGACAUUUAUAAGAUACUGACAUCCUAUAAAGCUAACUACCUAAUUGUAGAAGAUGCCAUCUGCAAUGAGAUGGGAACCAUGAGAGGCUGCAGGGUUAAGGAUUUAUUAGAUGUUGCAAAUGGACAUGUGGUUUGUGAAGAAGGUGACAAGUUAACCUAUUCAAAAUAUGGACGAUUUUGUCAUGAGGUCAAAAUUAACUACUCUCCAUAUGUGAAUUACUUCACUAGAGUGUACUGGAACAGAUCCUACUUUGUGUAUAAAGUCAACACUGUGAUAUCCUUCCAAUCUUGAAAAAUAACAGAGCCUUCAUUUCAAAGACAUAUUACUUGAAGUAAAAUGCAGUUUUCUUGGA